AUGAUCAUGAUUCAACUUGAAUCCUACCUCCUUUUCCACAAAUCAAAGUUGUUCCUACUAGACCCUCUGAUGACUCCCCACUUCGGGGACGGAUUAAAGAACUGUGACCGAACUGAAUGUGAAACCAAAUAUCUUGGUAGGCUAAGAAUCGCUAUAAAAUUCUUGGAUUUGACAAGUAGAGAAGAUAUCAUCAAAGGCCUUCCACCGGAGUUAUGGUCGGAGGAAAAUUUCAAAGCCAUCAUCACGAACUAUGGUCAGGUAGUGGUUUCGUUUGCUGUGUAUCAGAUAGAAGAGAACUUAUCUUUUGGAAAAGUUGGCAUCCUAACAUCAUCACUCAUGAACAUCAACUGUGAAUCAUUGGUGGAGGUUAACAGUAAAAUCAUGAAAAUCAGGAUUGCACAAGUGGAUAUCGCUUGGGUUCCAUUCAAGUCGCACAUGCAUCAAUUGGAUGAGUGCUCAUCAUCAGGCGAAGAUGGGAAUGAUAAUGAAGGAGAUGACGAUGAGGACUGCAUAUCUGAAACUAUGAUUGAUGAAAACAACUAA